CUGAGAGGAAAACGACCAUCAGACGACACACAUACACACACACACACCAGAAGGAGUGAAAUGAAGCUGACACUGCUGCUGCUGCUGGUGCUGGUGGCGGCUGUGGCAGUCGUGGUGCCCGGCCUGUCCGAGGCCCGCGUCGUCUCCAGAUGUGAGCUGAAGGAAGAACUUGGGAGGGCGAUCGUUCUGCCCAGACAUUUGAAAAUAGUCAAGGAAAGAAUCCUGGAAAUAUUGAUCUGUGAAUUGAACAGAAGAUCCCGUCUGAACACUGACCUGGUCAGAAUCUUCGGUAAACGCAGAACAACAACAGCCAUGCCAACGACAGAACUGACGACCUUGGAGCCAACGACAGAACCGACGUCCUUGGAGCCAGCGACAGAACCGACGUCCGUGGAGCCAGCGACAGAACCGACGACCGUGGAGCCAGCAACAGAACUGUCAUCCAUCGAGCCAACGACAGAACCGACGUCUGUGGAGCCAGCGACAGAACCGAUGUCCGUGGAGCCAGCGACAGAACCGAUGUCCGUGGAGCCAGCGACAGAACCGACAACCACCGAGACAUCAACUCUGGAGCCACUCACUGAAGAAGCCACAACCACAGAAAUAACCUCUGCUACAACUCCUCCAGAAUCAGCAACCACUGAACCAACAACUUCAGAAUCAACCCUUGAAAUCACCCAAAUCACUCGUGGCUUCAGACAAAAGCGGCAUGUCAAUUCCGUCAGCAGUGAGUCCGAAUCAUCGGAGAUGACCGGCAGCAUGAAGGAACUGCUGGAAGGUGAAGAAAGUGAGGAGUCAGAUGAAGACGAGGGUUACGAGGCGAGUGACGAGAGCGAGGAUGAGGAAAGCGAUGAGCAGGACAGUGAGGUAUCAGAUGAGGAUGAGGAGAGCAAGGAGAGUGGGACCCGUUCAAAGCGAUCGUAUCGUCAAUGGAGGCCCAGAAAGAGGAGACCACGUCUGUCCAAGGGGUUUUACGGGCUCUUCCAGCUGGCAGACAGUACCUUCUGUGAUUCAGGUUACCGUAGGACCUGGAACAAGUGCAGAACAGACUGCCUCGCCUUCACCGAUGAUGACAUAACAGAUGACAUCAAGUGCUUCGUGAAGACCGACGCCUGGUACCGCUUGCUGAGGAGAGCUUCUCACACAUGUCAUCACGUUCCUUCCUUCAACUGCCCAUGAGGAGCCGCUGGUGCUUCCUACCCACGAUGUCUCCAUGACUUCAUGUGUUCAUCUCACAUUCUUCUUCUAGUCUUUCAUCACUGGAGCUGACAAUAAUAACGAACAUUAAAAUUUAAUCAAAUCAAAAUUUGUUGGUGAUAUUUUCCACUAUAAUCCACAAUAAAGAAAAACAAACCCAUGUUAUCUUCUGGUCAAUGAUGAUGGUUUUUCUUUUUUCUUUCAAUAAAUAUGUUUUACUCAA